AGUUUAUUAAACAAGUCCGUGCUACUGAGUACUUGCCUGCAGUGGUGCCAGAUUAGGCGAUUUUUCGCCAUUUAGACUACUUCGAGGGGUCGUGCGACGACUAAAAAAGUGGUCGGCGACUCGGCGAUAUUUAGGCUAUAUUUGAAAUAUAGUUAGAAGUUCAUAUUCCCCAAUUUCGCGGCAGCAAAUUAUUUUCCUUGAUUUUUAGGAAUUUCAUGGCUUGGACGAAUAUCGGCUACUUAACAACAUAAAUUGGCGAUUAACUUCGCAAAAGUCUGACGACACUGCCUGCCUGUACUUGUCAAUGUCAACUGUCAACUCCUAUGUGCAAUAAAUAUUUUUGCCGCGCCUUUAGAUUGUAUUGUUGAAUUUAAAUGGUAAUUAGACCAAAUAACAGUUUUUAAAGGGUCUCCAAAACAUCAUGGAACGACCAAGGAUCUUAUCUGGCAACGAAUUAGUUGCCAAAGGUGUCAUAAAGCUGGAUAGUACAUUGCCUGAAGUGGGGCUGAAAGAUACCGUGCCAAAUGGAUCUUGGUUGGAGCAGAAGCAGAUCCAGUCUGCUUUAGAGGCCAAGAAACAGCUUAUUGAGGUAGAGCGAAUUGAAAAAUGUGGAUCCAUAAGUCAUGCAGUAUGGAGAGACGAACUGAAGCUGGCAGAUGUGACUAAACAAGUGGGUGGGCACUGGCAAUUUUUGGGCCACAAAGUGGGCAAACAUUUGUUUCUUAAACCAGAGGAAGCUCUGUUCUUGAUGGAAAUCAACUGUCUUCGACUAACAUACAAUGAAGUGACUGUGUCUCUCCAGCAAGCUUAUUCAUUACUGCUCUCUGGUAAAAUAUCAUUUCUACACUACAAAGUGUAUGCUUCACUCAGUAGACUAGGAUAUAAAGUCUUCAGACAUGACAGUUGUCAACCUACUGAUUAUGAGAAGAAAAUAAACUUGAUAUCUUCUAAAAAUGUUGUAAGAAUAGAAGAAUCGGAAGCAGUGAAACAUGAUACUGGAAUGAUGGUUAAUGAGGUAAAGGAAGGAGAAGUAGACGAUGAGAUACAGAGUAAUGUAAGUGAUUGUGGUGAAGAAUCCUGUGAUAUUAAUGAGAUAUUUAUUGUGUCUGAAGUUGACAAUGUUUCAACUCAGACUUGCAUUUUAGGCGAAAAUAUGUCUAUAACUGCAGAAGAUAAUUCCAGAACGAACAUUGAUCAAAGUGAAUUUGUAAAUUCUGAAGAUGAUUCUCACAAGGAGGACAUAGUGUCUGAUCUUUCUUUUAAUCAAGAUAAGACCAAUCAAAAUAGUAAUAUGGAAAUAGACAAAAAUGUCACGAAAGAUUGUGAGAUCAUUGCAUCUUCUAGUCAAGUUUUGCCUGAGCAAGUCCAAAAUAUAAUUUCCGGGCAAGAAAAUGCAAAAUCUACAAAUUUCCAAACAGUUAAAAAUUCUAAACUACAAGAUUUACAGAAAAGAAAACUGAAACCCUGUAACAAUAAAGAAAUAGUUAAUCUUUUCACAAAUGUUCCUGAUUUAUAUCAGAAACGAAUAGUCACAAUAAAAAUACCAGAAGAGCAACAUAUUCCGAAAAACGUAUUCUUGAACAAUAUCUCUUAUGUUCUGAAUUUAGAAAGUAUUCGGGCAAAUAUUAAAUAUUCUAGACCUCAUUCUAAUGAUUCGAGAGCAUAUAGUGUAUCAGAGGAAGUAAAUGGGCCUCAUGUACUGAGAGUAAGUGAUGCUGCUAGCAACAUUACGUCAUCUAAUAAUUGGGCUCCUUUUUACCAUAAUUCUGGGUUUCCAAGGCACCAGUUCAGACAGUUUCAAUUUUGGCGACCUCGUCAGUACAAUUUUUCUUGGAGGCCAUUUUUACCGAGUAUUUAUUUUGUGCCCCGAGUUCAUUUCUAUCCACGUCAACCUCCGCCACUGUACAGACCACAAGCCAAUCAACUUCAAAGGAAUUUCAACAAAAACAAUAAUAGGAACCAAAGCAAAGACAACGCGAACACAGUAAACGGCAGUAGAAAAAGGAAAACAAAGCAGUAUCACUUAGAUCACAUACAAAGGCUAUCUUCGCGGCUUAAGCAGUUAGUUCAAGCGGGCAACACGCAUACUGAAAAUAGAGUAGCACUACAAAGAUUGAUAGAAACCUUCAAUACGAGAUACAACGCGAGGUUACGUUUAACGCCGCAGCUUGAUUUAAUUGAAGAUGAAGUAAUUAUUGCGACAAUAGAACUAGAAGAUGAAGAUGAAAUUAGCAGAAAAAGACCACGGACUGAAGAAAUCGACCUUACUAAAUAUGAUGAAAAUCUAGAAAUGCUUAAAAAAUUUUCUUCCAAACUGAAAGAUCUUGAAGCAAGCCACAAAUCUUGCUCUCGACAUAGAAGAGCGUUUUCACAUUUAGUUAAAAAAUUCAACAAAUCAUAUGAUGCUGAUGUUUACGUAAAUGACAACUAUGAAGUGUUCGACAGGACGAGAAUAAUACUUGAUGAUUCAUCAGACUCUGACUGUAUUUUAGAUGAUACACCAAGUGUGUCCUGUAAGAAGAAUGAGAGAACUACGGAAACUUUUGGAAAGAAGUUGAAAAAUCCUUUCAACAUUCUCAAGAAACUUUCAGAAAAGAACAAAACAUCCUUGCCAAGUUGUAGUGAAGAUGGACCUUCAACUGAAAAUACUGAUAAAAGUAAUAAAGAUGACAAUGAAUAUUCUGAAAAUACCACAACAGUUUUUGACAGAAACUGGCUUCCAAGUAAAGAAGAUUUUGGGAGAGCAGAAAUACCAGCGAAAGGUAUGAUGUAUGACUUUCUAAUGAGUUCUAAAAGGGACGAAUAUAUUUACGAUUUUAUUAAAAAUCAACGUUGCGAGUUUGUAAACUGGCUAGAAGCCAAAAUUGCUUUUUUAAGAGAUGUCGAAGUAGCCACAGCAGCAAUUGAAAAAGAUAUAGCUAAUCAAAUUGAAGUGAAAAUCGACUCUAUUAUAAAGCCUGAUGAUUGCAUUGAUAUGCCUUCUGUUUUAAAGAAGUUGAGCAUUAUACAAACGCACAAAGAAGAAGAUAGCCGAACGGAUUUGAUCAUAGACUUUGAUGUGUACAAUAGAGAUGUUCAAAACUUUAAGAAGUCGAAUAAACCCAAACCGCACUUCAGAGUAAUCUGUACUAGUGAAAACUACAAAUUUCCUUCUGGCAGCGACGUCGAUACCAUUCAUGCGCAAUACGAAGAUAAUGUACCCAUACUCUUCGCCAUUGUGGGCGUGGGGUCCGUCUCCUACUUGCAGAUAAAUCCUAACAACUUACCAAUGUAUAUUUCAAGUAAUGAUCUUACUUAAUUUUUUUCAGUAUCCUAGUUAAUGUUUUGUUUAUUAAGAUAGUUCUCAUCGUGCUAAAUCAGAACUGAUCAGAAUGACAAUGAGGAUUAAAUAUUAACUAAUGAUAAUAAUUAAGCACCAAGGAAAUAAACUUAGUAAUAUUUGAUUAAAUGAGACUUGUCUAUGUAAUAUCUUUCAAGUAUCUAAUAAGUAUAUAUACUACGCCUCAAUUGACAUCGCCACAGAACGGAAUGGAAGCUUGUAAUAGCAUAUUGAACUUCAUGUCAAUUGUGUAACUAGAUCGAUAUGAUAGCGGGAGUAUUCUCAAGGAAUGCAGAACCUGUUUUAUUGCCUCGUCUCUAAAUUGUACGUUACACAAUUGACAUAAAGUUUGUUAUGCUCUGGUAACAAAAAUUUGCUUCCCUUCAGUUCCGCAGCAACGUAAAUUGAUCCUAUUUCUGUAUUUAUAACAGGGUUGCAAUAAAACCUC